AUGGACAACUUUCCUUCCUCCGCAUACUCGCAUGACUCGUCGCAGUACUCCUCUGUGCCUGGAUCUUCUCUAAACGAAUCUUCAAUUACAGAAAACGGCGCCCAUACCGACGGUGUUGCUACAGGUGAUAGCAACUACGUUCCCCGCCCGAAGCGCAUCGCAUGUGUUGUCUGUCGGCGGAGGAAACUCAGAUGCGAUGGGAGACGACCAAGCUGUGGGACCUGCUCACGCUUAGGUCACGAAUGCGCCUACGAUGAAGUGCGCAAAAAGAGUGGGCCGAAGCGGGGAUAUGUGAAGCAGCUGGAGGCUCGAUUAGCUCAGGUCGAGACUCUCCUCAAAGGCCAGGAUCCAGACAAUGUCCCGCGUACAUCGCCCCCGCAGCCACAAAAUCUCUCAUUUACCGGCCCAUUCCCAGACGACUCCGUUCUCGACCUACCAGAUAUUAGUGGACUUGUACCUGAACUAAGCAAUGCGAUCCCUCCGCCAGCGAGAGGCAUGGAUACAUCCCAGCCCAGCCAAUCAUUCUUCCCGGAACCUGUCAAUGUUACAACCGACCCUCAAUGGGAGAUGAUAAGCCUGGGUUUGGAAGAGCCCCUCCCGGCCCAAGACGUAAUUGAUGAACUUGAAACGAUAUUCUUUGACAAAAUAUACCCAAUGAUGCCUAUCAUACAUCGCCCGCGAUACUUUGCAAGUCUCAGUCUUGGUCCUAACGCACGGCCACCCAUCUGCUUGCGCUACAUGAUGUGGUGCCAUGCAGCUUCUGUUUCCGACAAAUAUUUCUUCUUGCAUGAUCAUUUUUACCAAAGGUCUCGCAAGUACGCCGAGCAAGAUGAAAUGAAGGGAUUUGGAGAAUCCAUCGUCACCUUGGCGCAUUGUCAAACUUGGAUUCUGGUCGGCAGCUAUGAGUUCCGAAUGAUCUACUUCCCGCGAGCCUGGCUCAGUGUUGGCAAGGCAACUAGAUUGGCCCUUAUGAUGAGUCUAAAUCGCCUUGACGGCUCAGGAAUGGAUGUAAAACAAUCUAUGCUUCCACCGAAAGACUGGACAGAACGGGAAGAAAGGCGAAGGGUAUUCUGGAUGGCUUUCUGCACAGAUAGAUAUGCAAGUAUUGGAACUGGAUGGCCCCUCGUAAUCGAUGAACGUGAUAUCAUGACAAACCUACCAGCCUCUGAAGAAUCAUUCAUGAAGAGCAAACCGCAGCGAACAUUACGACUUUCCGACAUCAUCGGCGGUGAGGGUGUCUCGACGUUAGCUCCAUUUGCGUGUGUAGUGGUUCUAGCAAAUCUCUUUGGCAGAAACCUUACGCACAUCCAUCGAUCUCAACCAUCGGACAACGACCAUGAUCUCAACGGCGAGUUUUGGAAAAGACAUCGUAGUCAUGACAACAUCCUACUUCAUAUUGCACUAUCAUUACCUGAGCAUCUUCGGCUUCCGUCCGGACUGGAUGAUGUAAAUGUCAUAUUUGCUAACAUGAAUAUUCACACCUCCACAAUCUGUCUUCACCAGGCAGCUAUCUUCAAAGCCGAGAAAAAUCGAAUGCCCAACCAGAUUAUUACUGAAAGCAAACGGCGAUGUCUUGUAGCGGCGAACCAAAUAUCCAGCAUCAUGAAGAUGGUCAGCCACGUUGACCUGUCUAUUUUAAAUCCUUUCAUGUCCUUUUGUCUCUAUAUCUCAGCGAGGGUUUUCGUCCAGUACAUGAAAUCACGACCCGAUGACUCAAGCGUUUUCUCAUCACUUCAAUUUGUUGUCGGGGCAUUGAACGCUAUGAAAUCGAAGAACCCUUUGACUGAAUCCUUCCUCAUUCAGUUAGAUGUCGAUCUUGAAGGAACUGGUCUCCGAACUGAAAUUUCCAAAUCAAGUCCAGCGUACAUUCAUCAAACAAUGAAAACUUAUUAUGGUGAUAAUCUUGAAUGUGUACCUAUCUACAAUAUUCGAGAAUCCCAGCAGAGGAAUAUUCCCACGCCUGGGCGGGAUUCUGCGAAUUCCAACAUUCCCACUCGAAAUCAGCCUGGUAUGACUACAUCUCUUCCCACUCGGGACAGGGAUCAUUCAAAAGGUGACGCUGCGCAACCUCCGAUGAGUAUUGACCAGCUUCACUACUACUCCCACUCUAUGCGAGCCCCAGAUGGCAAUUCCCAACCAAAUACCCAGGGAGCUGUUGUCGAUAUAGAGAUGGAACACUCACCAGACUUUGGCCUUGGGGAGCGAAACCCACCUUCUGAUCAUCCAACACCGUCCACGAUGAACUCAUCUUCAAAUACGUCUUACUCGAUAUCGGGGACUGAGAAUCCAUCGCCUGGCAAGAAGCAACAAAAUUCAGGACCAGCUCACACCGGCUUAAAUAGUACCUCUUUUGAGAAUAUCCAGUCUGCUCAUAUUUCUUCGACGAAGACAGACUCGCCACCAAUUCCUGGUAUGACCACAAUGCCUGGACAGUCAUAUUCAGCUAGUACCAACGGCUCAUCUGGAACUACUGGACCUGCCAGUGGGUUCUCAUUCCCACCCGGGUGGGAAGUACCAACACCCAGUUCCGACAUGAACACUAUGGACUUGAAUUUAAAUGUUGACUCGCUGAGCGAGUCUCAAUGGGCACAGAUAUUCAGUAAUAAUGGAACUGCGGCUGGAUGGGAAAACUGGCGUCCAUCAUGA